AUGUUUAUGCUCAACACGUUCAAGCUCCUGCACAUGCAGAAAAUGACUGUCAUGUUCGCACUGCUCGAUCUCCCAGGCAAAUGGGGUAUUAACCUCCCUCAGAUACUGUUCAUGGGGUAUCUUCCAGAAAAAGUUGAACAAUCCCCCAUUGGCGUCUUCAUCUGGUGUAUGGAGAUCAAGAUUUCAACUCUGAUGGAUCAGGGUUGGCGGCGACAAUGGGGGUCGUCUGCUGUACUCUCGAGCCUGCAGCUGCCUGAACUCAAUUCCAUGUGGGCGUCUGACUCGUCACUCUCCAAAAUCUCAAUACACUCCUUUGUCUGGUUAUCCACACACUUCGUGGAUGAUGCCGUGCUGGUGGUGACCGAGGAGCCUUUUGACUACAAUUGUUCGAGCUCAAGUGCUGUUUCCAUUCAAGGAACCAUUGCAGACAGACAGGAUCCUUCUCCGACAUCUUGCUCAACAUGGGCAAAGAUAGUAGGCCUCCUUCUUGUCCCCAACCAAAGAUGGCAUGAACGGGAGCAUGAAGCUCCUCCCAGUGGUCUGCAGAAUGCUGGAGCGUCAGCAAGUGUACCAUAUGAAAACCAGGCAACUAAGUUGGUCAGUGUACUAAUAUUAGCAUGGAUUCACGGCCUCUCGAGGCGCUACCAAUGGACAUGGGGUAUGCGCUACAGGCUUGGGAGGCGCACUUUUAGGAGCAUAGGAUGGGUAAUUUCGAGGACUUGCGAGGCACUACCGGUGGACAUGCAAUAUAGGGAGCAGUCGGGGUCCUCCCAUGGCGGAGGGAAACAACGUGAGGAUCUGUGGUCCAUGUCACCACCAAAAGGAAGAGAGAAGAUUGUUGCACCGAGUCGGGUUGCGACUUGA